AUGGAAGAUUCAAUCCCAGAGCUUGAAGAGUUCCGCCAACAAUGGCGAGCAGAGGUAUCCGCAAGAUCACAAACCGAUGCCCAUAGAGAGACGAAGGCAAAAAAGAUUCCCCGCAGACCACCGCCUAUCACCCGCCAGAGCUCCAGCAGAGUCUCGAAUGCUGUGAAGGAUGAGGAAGAAGACGUACCGGCUCGCAAUUUUGAUAAUUUAGACGGAUGGCGGGAAGAAUUUGGCAAUGGAGAAAGCUCUAAGACAGUGGCAAAAGAGCCUCAGUCUGCUUUGGAGCACUACGAGAAGGCGGUAGAGAGAGAAUCGGCUGGCAAUCUUGGAGAUAGCCUGACUCUCUACCGCAAAGCUUUCCGUAUGGAUGAUCGAGUUGAUCAGAAAUACAAGAACAAACACUUUCCACCAUCAUACUUUGCUUCGAAACCUACCAGUACAAACCCUUCGAAUUCUCCCGUAACGGUACCUAGUACCACCCACCACCCCCUAGACGGGCACACACAGACCACAAGAGAACUUAUUGCUGGAUUCUCUGGUCUCAAGAUCGAGCCCGCACCACCAGCCAUUGAAGGUACACCGGCUCCUCCAUGUCCACUUAGAGAGCUGCCUGAUGAGAUACUUGUCCAUAUACUCAUGGAGGUUGCUAUCAAAGAUGUUGCAUCCUUUGGCAAACUUGCACAGGUAUGCAAAAGAAUGGCGUACUUGGUCGCCACCGAAGAGCAAAUUUGGAAGCGGGUCUCUCUUGGCUCUGAAGUCGGAUUUGGUGCUAUGCAUUACCAAUGGCAACGAGAAAUUCUCGGCGGUCCAUUGACAGAAGAUGCAGACUUCGAAGCUGAAGAUUUCAAUGCCGAGGCUACGGCUCUGCCCAUGAAAAAGAUGGAUAUUACAGAAAGUCUCCAUAGCAGCUAUGCAGGUUCAUGGCAUCAAAUGUUCCGGACACGACCUCGUAUCCGUUUCAAUGGCUGUUAUAUCAGUACUGUCAACUAUCAGAGGGCUGGACAAGCAUCCCAGUCCCAAGUUACCUGGCACAGUCCGGUCCACAUCGUCACUUACUAUCGGUACUUACGGUUCUUCCGAGAUGGAACGGUCAUCAGUCUUCUCACAACCCAUGAGCCAGCCGAGGUUGUCCAUCAUCUCACCAAAGAACUGCAAGAGACUCAUCGAGGUGGUGCUGGAGGAUACCUUCCUUCGAUAUUCAUGCAGCACGCCUUGAGGGGGCGAUGGCGAUUAUCAACAGCUACUGAUAACCCCGAAGUCGACCUCAAGCAAGCUGAAGGAGAUGUCUUCAUAGAAACCGAAGGAGUGAGCGCCAAGUAUAUGUAUCGAAUGAAGCUCUCCUUACGGUCCGUUGGAAAGGGCGCACGAAACAACAAGCUUGUAUGGCAAGGCUUCUGGAGCUACAAUCUUCUGACCGAUGACUUCGGGGAGUUCACGUUGAGAAAUGACAAGGCAUUCUUCUGGAGCCGCGUCAAGAGCUAUGGCGAUGGAGCUUAG